CAAUUUGUUUUCAAGUUCAAACAGAAGAGCCACAUACCCUGCAUACCUUUCUCUUCCAUUAGGAUUUUUUUUCCUUCUAUUAAAAAGCUCUUCUCCCCUUCAUUUGCUAAGCUCAUCAUAAUUCUCUACUUCCCAAUCCUCCAAAAAACCUCCCAAAAUUCACCGCAUUGGCUGAUCCCUCUUUCGAUCUGGUGCUUCCAGUACUCGCAUUCGCGGCCUUCUGAUCUCCAGACAUCAGCUGAGAGAGUUAAGAGUUUAAUAUAACGGUGCAAUGACGGCGCGUGUGAUCGUGAAUGUUCCAAUCAGUGAAAUGGAGGACAAAGGUGGGUUGGAUAUGAGUAGCUAUGACGACUUGCCGACACCUGCUGCUGCUGCUGCAGAUUGCAAUGGUGUUAAGGAUGCCAAUGAGAACGUCAAGGGGAAUGGGGAGGAUCAUCCCGAUGCUUCCUGCGUUUUCGUAGCUGGAAACGACAGCGUUCCUGACGAAGCCGCUGACUCCGCCGAUCUCAAUGGCAAGUCUGAACUGGUUUACAAUAUCGGUUCUCGUGAUAACGACGUUGAGGAUGAGGUCACGGAAUCUGAUGUUGAUCAUGCAACUGGGGAUGCCAAAGGUUCUGCAAUAGAGGCGGAUGCUGGCUCUAUUAUUAAUAAUGAGGUCACCUCUAAUGAUGGGAAAGGAGAGGAUGGUGCUGUUGAAGUUCCAAAAGGGACGACGCGUAUUGUUGGACCUGAGGCCCUGGUUGAUCAAAGGGAAUUUGAAGAGGAGCAUCUUAGACUGGAUUCACCUGGAGGUGUGAAAGGGACCCAGGAUAUUUCAGAGGCUGUUGAAUUUGAACCUGAAUUGUUGCAGUUUAAAGUUGGUGAUGCAAGGGCUGGGGAAGAAAACAGUACGGAGUCAAUUGUAGCUCAGGAAUCUCAAGUCACAAGUAGUACAGAUGUUGCAGAAUUAAAGCCAAAUUAUUCUGUUAAUGUCGAUGUCACAAUCGGUGCAGAUACUGCUGAAUCAGAGCCCAACCAAUCUGGUGUGCUUGAGCUCACAAGCAGUGCUGAAUUAGAGCUCAAUCAUUCUGGUAAUAUUGAGGUCACAAGAAAUGUGGAUGUUACUGAAUUAGAGCCAAAUCAAUCCAGUAAUGAUGAGGUUACAAGCAGCGCAGAUGUUGCUGAAUCAGAACCAAAUCAGUCUAGCAUUGAUGAGGUUACAAGCAGCGCAGAUGUUGCUGAAUCAGAACCAAAUCAGUCUAGCAAUGAUGAAGUUGUUGAAAGCGUAAGAGAUUUGAAUUUGGUUACAGUUAUAAAGGAAAACCAAGAUUCUUCAAUCGCAAUUACUGAAGGCUUUCAAAAUGAUGGUGAUUUGGACAUGGAUCAGGGGAAGGAACCUAUCGGAUUUUCCAACAACCUUCCAGUGGAAGUUCCCCAAAAGGCAUCUGAGGUAGAGUCGGAGCAGAAUAUGGAAACAAGUCCUUGCCGUCAAAACAGAUCUGAGCAAAACAGCUCUUCUAAGGAGGUUGAGACCUUGAUUCCUUCUAAUGCCGAAAUUGGUAGGAAUGAAACACCAACUUCUCUUGAUGCUGAAACUGGCAAGAGCUAUCCAGCUACAAGUAAUAAUGAGAUAAUUGGAUAUCCAGCAAAUAACUUUACUGAGCCCGUUGUACAUUUAGAAUCAGAAGCUGUUAAUGGGCAUAUUACAUAUGAUAAAGGAGAAUCUUUGCCUGCUGAUCACGCUGAAGAAAGUGUUUCACAUACCAUUGCUAAGGACUUUGCUUAUGCCAGUCAAACCACACCUGAAGAAAAUAAGCCUUCUGAAGUUGUCAAAACUGUUGUUCAUGACAAUGUGGCAGUUGAAAGUUAUGAAAGCAUUCCUCUUGCUCCUGCCAGUGAAACAGUGUGGGAACCAGUUGUUAAAAUUGUGGAUUAUUGUCCUGUUGCUGUGGAUGAUACGGAAGUUAAUGAUGAUAUGAGAACAGAGACUUUGGUGGAAAAGAUGGAUGUUAAUAGCAUUGAAAGUGUUGGUUCUCAUUCUAUUGGUGACAGAGGAAUAGUGAUUGAGCCGGAUAGCAGCCCUCUUGCAACUUGUGCAAAGCCAAGUUGCCUGGUUAAUGAUGAAGAACCAGAAAUUGAGACUGGUUCCACAGCUAUUGAAUCUGGAGAAAAAGCAUCUGUUUUCUCAAGUAAUGAGUUGGACAAAGAACCUGAAGUUUCAGAGGGGGCUUCUCAAUGUGUUGGCAGCUACUCUGUUUCGGACGACUAUCCAGAUAGAGAGGCCAGUAUCCAUGAUUCAGUUGAGAAUUCAGUUGGUGUGAAAGCUGGGUCAAAAGUUGAAAAUACACCAACAGGUUCCAGAGAAUUUGCCACUAACAAUGAUGGCCGUGUAUCUGAAUGUGAGGGUCUGAAUGGCUCUGUUAUUACUAGUGAAAGAACCAUAAAUUGCAUUCAGGAUGCUGAAAAAAGUGGAGACCAAUUGGUUACCAUUGAUGGUGAUGAAAAAACAUCUCAAGAAAUGGAGGUCACUGGUGGGUUCAACAGGGAAGAAGCCUCAACAUCUUCCCCAGAAAGCUCCUCAGUUGAUGCUUCCAAGGGACAAAAUGCAGCGGUGGAGGUGGGGAAAAAGCCAUUCUACUACAUGAUCAGAAUUCCGAGAUAUGAUGAUUAUGAAAAUCUAAAAGAACAGAUCAAACAUGCUCAGUUUCAAGUUGAUGAGAAGACUAAAAGUCGGGAUGUUAUUCGAGCUGAAAUGCGAAGGAAAAGGGCCAAUUGUAAUGAGUAUGGUGCUCGUGUUGAUGCUGCCAUAUCAGAAGAGGUACCAGCUCGCGACUUGCUUAAGGCCAAACGCAAGGAAAUAGACGCUGUUCUAUCUCUGAUUAACAGAGUGAAGAGUGCCUUUUCUGUUGAGGAUAUUGAUGGCAAGAUACGUAAUAUGGAACGUAUGAUACAGCAUGAAACCCUGCCCUUAAAGGAAGAAAAGAAUUAUAUCCGUGAAAUCAAGCAGUUGAAGCAAAUUCGUGAACAGCUUUCUUCUAGUUUAGGUAACCAGGAGGAUGUUCUGGAGGCUAUAGAUCAGAAAGACCAAGUUGAAGAACGCUUGAAGCUUUUGAGGAAAGAAGCAGACCAAUUGAGAGAAAAUGUUCUCAAAGCUGAAGCAGCUACCAGAAAUGCCAAGAAGACAUGUCAAGAAGAAAAUGCUGCUCUUAAUGAAUUGACAACUCGGUUUAGAGCUGCGGAUGACACACGGCAGGAAGCAUAUGCACAUCUACAGAGUUUGAGGAAGAGAUUAUAUGACAAGAACAAAUACUUUUGGAAGUACAGGGAUGAUUCAAAGGUAGCUUAUGAUUUAGCGUCCAAGGGAGAUAAAGAGGAACUUCAAAAUCAUUGUGUUAACCAGGUGGAGAUGGUUAUGGAUUUAUGGAACAAUAUUGAUGAAUUCCGGAGAGAGUACACUAGAUGCAACAUGAAGAGUACACUGAAGAGACUGCAGACAUUAGAUGGUCGUUCACUUGGCCCUGAUGAGGAGCCACCUGUAAUUCCCAAUGCUGCUAGUGAAAGAAUAGCCAAGGACAACAUCGUACCUUCCAUUUCCACUCUUGAAGGAGAAAAAACAAUUGUGCCUGUGGUGACAGAAAAGACAGAUGAUAAAUCCACAGCCAAGGUUGGGGACCAAAAUAAUCCAACAGCUAAAUCUAGAAAGGCUACAAAACAUGUUCCUUCGGGAAAUGGCUUGGCAACUGUGUCUGGCAGGAAUGAGAUUGACGAGACGGAGCAAAAGGAGGAUAAGCAAACAAAGGAGGAAGAAGAGUUGGCCAGGAAGGCUGAGGAAUUGAGAAAAGAAGAGGAAGCAGCCAUGUUGAAGGAACAGCGGCGAUUGGAGGAAAAGGCCAAAGCGAAAGAGGCAAUGGAGAGGAAGAAACGAAAUGCUGAUAAGGCCCAAGCCAGAGCUGCACUAAGAGCACUAAAAGAAGCUGAGCAGAAAGAGAAGGAAAGGGAGAAAAGGGCAAUAAAGAAGGAGAAAAGGAAGGCAUUAGCAGAAGAAGUGAAUGCUGUCAAUGAGGGAGACUUUUCUCAAGGUUUUGAACCUCCAAUUGAAACCAAGGAGUCUGAAACAAGUGAGAAGCCCAAGACAGUGACAAAGAGGUCUCAAAAGCCAUUGCCUUUCACAAAGCAGACCAAGUCAAAAUCCAUGCCUCCGCCACUUCGUAACCGUGGUAAGAGAAGGAUGGAAACAUGGAUGUGGGUACUCCUUACUGCUCUCCUUGUUUUAGGCAUAUUUUUGCCGGGGAAUGGCAACUUCCUUCUAGAACGGCUUGGUUUCUAAAUAUUUGCUAGAUAGUCUGAAGAGAGUAUGGCGGGAUAUUUCCCAUAGAUAUUUAGGCAAUUGUUUUCACUUCAAAUUGUGUGUUUUGUGUCUGUGAGCGUGUCAAUAAUUUGUCCUCGCCAGCAUUUGGCUAGCAAAGUGCCUGAGGUAUAUAGAUAGUACUCUGAGAACUUGUAUUUGCAUAAUAAAGUUCAUCUGUUAAUAUAAAACAGUAACAAGAUUUCAAUGCGUUAA